CCGAGCCGGGAGGCCAUGCUGCACUCUGCUCCGGCUGCUGUCCCCAGAAGGCUCGAGGCUGUCGGGCCUCAGGGACCCCAGGCAUCUGGAGCCGGCUGCGGGGGCCUGGGGACUGAGGCCGCUCAGCGCUGGCGCAGUGAGAACUUUGAGAGGCCCGUGGACCUGGAGGGCUCUGGGGACGAUGACUCCUUCCCGGACGAUGAACUGGACGACCUCUACUCAGGGUCCGGCUCAGGCUACUUCGAGCAGGAGUCGGGCCUGGAGACGGCCAUGCGGUUCAGCCCCGACGUGGCCCUGGCUGUGUCCACCACGCCCGCUGUGCUGCCCACCACGGACAUCCAGCCUGUGGGCACCCCGUUUGAAGAGCUCCCCUCCGAGAGCCCCACCCCAGAGCCUGUCACCAGCCCUCCAGUGGUGACAGAGGCCCCAGAGGAGCCUAGCCAGAGAGCUACCACCAUCCCCACCACCACGGCAGCCACCGCUGCCGCCACCACAGGGGCCCCCACGGUGGCCACGGUGCCCGCCACUGAGGCCACCGCGGCCCCCAGCAUCCCUGCAGCAUCCCCGGCCACGGCCACCACUGCUCUUGUGAGGACCACCGGCAUCCGGAGGCUUCCGCCUCUCCCACUGACCACAGCCGCCACAGCCCAGGCCACCUCUCCAGCAGCGCCCUCCCCCCCCACCACGGUGGCCGACUUAGACACCGAGGCCCCGACACCCAGGCUGGUCACCGCAGCUACCUCCCGGCCAGGAGCCCUUCCGCGGCCGGCUACCACCCAGGAGCCUGAUGUCACUGAGAGGAGCACCCUGCCCCUGGGGACCACUGCCCCUGGACCCACAGAGUGGGCUCAGACCCCAACUCCAGAAUCCUUCCUGACUACCAUCCGGGAUGAACCAGAGGUGCCAGUGAGCAGUGGCCCCAGCGGGGACUUUGAGCUGCCGGAAGAAGAGACCACACAGCCAGACACAGCCAAUGAGGUGGUGGCUGUGGGAGGGGCGGCGGCCAAGCCGUCACCUCCACCAGGGACACUGCCCAAGGGUGCCCGCCCAGGCCCCGGCCUCCUGGACAAUGCCAUCGACUCGGGCAGUUCUGCUGCUCAGCUGCCGCAGAAGAGCAUCCUGGAGCGGAAGGAGGUGCUCGUAGCCGUGAUUGUGGGCGGGGUCGUGGGUGCCCUCUUCGCUGCCUUCUUGGUCACGCUGCUCAUCUACCGCAUGAAGAAGAAGGAUGAAGGCAGCUACACGCUGGAGGAGCCCAAGCAGGCGAGCGUCACCUACCAGAAGCCUGACAAGCAGGAGGAAUUCUAUGCCUAGCGGAGCCGCAGUGCCUCCUUGCUGCCUCGACACCACCCCUCCACCCAGUCCCUGGCCAGCCCCACCAGCCCAGGCCUGGAACUGGGCCCAGCAGGGAGCCUGGCCCCAGUUCUCCUUUGCCCUCCUUCUCGAGGCCCGCCCAGGCUGCCAGCCUCACACAGAUCAUCCCUGAGGAGCAGGGGUGGUUGCUGUCUGCCCCAGACUGUGCCCUUACGAGCUCAUCUCUUGUCCCCCCACCAGCCUGAGGCUUCAGGACCUUAUGUCAGAUGGACAGGAGGAAGGAAGCUCCUGAUUGGCUGGUGGAAUAAGGAGAAGGGGUGGGGCUUGAGAUGGGCACCUGGCCCUGCAGGGCUGGCUGAGGUCUCCUUUUGUGGGCAGAGAGGCCCUCCAGGCUGGCUUUCAGGACCAACAUGUGGCAGACUCUGCCCUUGAAACAAUCUAGACACAGCAACCUCUUGCUCCUGUCCCAGGGCCUCUCUCUGCCUGGGUGAGAGGGUGCCCUUUGUCACCAGCCUGUUUUGUCCUCGCCUCUCUGGGGUUGUGGGACCACUCUCCCCUUCCCCUGCCCAGCACCUGUGCCCAAGGCUUCACCUCUUUCUGGGUCUUCCCCCGAGGAAACAGCUUCCAGAGAGCGCGAGAGCAGCCAUUGGUGAGAGGAUGCUGCUGCACACCGCUCCUGGGGGAAUACCACAGACAUCGUUGCCCACACUCUUCCACACAUUGUCAUGUGGCCACAAUGACAAGGUCAUAUACGGUCCUGACCUCCCCACCAAUCAAGACAUGUUGCAAAAACAGACAUUCUUCCAAAGAUGUUUAUCUUCACCCAUUGCUGAAACACCCCCCAACACUACCGUCAGGCGAGUGGCUAGUCCCGUUCACCCGAGUGGUGACGUGUGGCCUCCUCUCUCUUUUAUGCCUCCCCCACACAAACCCUGACACCACACAUGUCGUCUCCAGCUUCUGGGCGCACUGGGGAAGGUGGAGUCAAGCUGGAACAAUCAGCCCAUAUUGGGUCCCCGCCUCGCCCCGUCACACUCAGUCUCACCCCUUGGCACUGCACCAGCCGCGUCACCUCCGUCCCGCCCUGUGCCAGACCCAGUCCCACAUGGACUCAGCCUCACCCACAUCCCUGUGCUGGAGGGAGACAGGGCAUUGGUCUUUCCUGGAUUCAGUGGUGGGGGGCACUGGAAAAAGCCCCCCCAGGGCUUUGUACCUGAGCCGGGCCUGGCCUCACCCCCACCCCUCCACCUCCAGCCCCAAAGGGCGGCUGGGGCCAGCCCCCACCACCCGGAGCUCUGGGGCUUCUCCAAGGCUGAAGAAAGAAGGGCUUGGUUCCUGGAGUUUGGCCCCAGACUGUGGAGGGUUCUUGGGUCCUGGAAGGUCCUGGGUGGGGAGGGGACAUGUGGCAUGGCUUCUGCUCUCCCCAAAUCCUUUACUUGCUCUGAGCUAGGGGGCAACUCUGCCUCCCAGGACACAAGUCUCCAAAGUGCCUGUGAGGGUGGGCCCUCCGCCCAGGCCCUCUGCUUCCUCUGCCCUUGACCUACCAGGCCAUCCUCACCCACCCACCCAGGGCCCUCCCUGGGGACCUGCUUGGAGUCCUACUAGUUGUGGCUUCAGCCAGAAGCAGCCCAGGCAGGUGCCCCCGACUCCGAGGGCAGAGAUUUGGGGGAGUAGAGCAGGUGACUGGGGUGGUGGUGCCGUCACAGGUCCCAAGCCACCCUUUUGGUUACCCUUGAGAGAUGGGCCCUUUGUUAGGAGUUUGGAGUGUACGGUCACCAGUCUUUGGGGGAGGGAGCGCCCGGCCAGGGCUCUGGGAGCCCAGGGAUGUGGUGUGAAUUGUCAUGGGCUGGUGCUCCCACCCCUACCCCUCGCCCACAACCCAGACUCAAGUCAGACACCCACCUCAGUUUUAUUUCUGUUCCCUUUUCAAAGACUCCCUGGCAGCAGACUUUCGCAGGGUGAGGGCAGGCGUGCCUGAGGCAGUGAGGGUGAGGGUCCCAGGGGCCACUGCAGCCUGUCUUUCCCGGGGUCCUGGUUUCAGGCCGAGCUCCAUCUUGUAGACCCAAAGGCAGCCUAGACAGGGCCCAGACUUUGAGGAAGGGACAGGUGGGGAAGGAAUCCUGGCCCACGAGGCCUGGCAAGCAGGGACAGGCUGCUGGGCCUCAGUUGUCCUGCAGGGAAGGGCAGGGCGCGGGGGCAAAGAGGACCAUGAGUCCCAGCCUCGUUCCACCUGCUCCCUGGUGGGCUGCUGUCUUGAGGACAGCAGUUCUGGUGAGAGGCCUGGGUGGGCUGAGACUGAGGGCUGAGUGUGAGGAGGCAGGGCCUGGGCAGCCCAGGGGACGCUGGCACUGAGCGGAGACUCAGCAGUGGCCACAGCCUCUGCAUCAGGCUGGCGCCCUGGUGGGGUGGCCCUGCCAGCCCUUCCUGAGGGCUGGCUCAGGGCGGCGGGCUGGGCCUCGUGUCCUGGCCCCUGUUCUCUGUGUCCUCAGCACUUGAGAGGAGGGCGAGAGCGGGCAGCUCCAGGAGGACUCGGCGCCAGGCGGAGCUGGAGCUCUCAGUGCAAUGUGGGCACAGGGUCCUGGCCCGGCCCAGGCAUGGUGCGGUACAUGUGGGGCCUGCCAAGUGGGUCCACAGAACCCCAGUGCUCCUGGGAGGGUAUCCUGGCAUUUCCCGGAAGCACAGCACAUUCCAAAUGAGAGGGAGCUUGUGUGGUUCGAGCUCUUGUGAGGCAGGAUGGGGCCAGAGGAUGGGGGGUGGGCCCCCCUCUGCUGUGACUUCAAGAGUCCAGGCUGUGUCUGUCCAGGGGUCCCGGGUUGCUGGAGACAGGGCAGGGCGGGGCAGGCCUGUGGCAGGGCCUCGGGUGCUUGGCCAGACCCCCUGGGCUUGGCAAAGCCUGUCCAUCAGGCCUCCAGGCUGGAGCCCUGGGCCCCAGGGAGUGGACCCAACUUGUCCUCCAGGGCAGGAGUGGCCUCCGUGGCUCUCCUGGCUCUUUUGACUACACAACCCUGGACUUGCUCCCCGGGACUCCCGCCUGUAAAUAGAAGCCCCCAAACUGUACAGAUUUCAGAGACGCUGAGACGGGGCCCUGGGAAUCACCACUGAGGGCCGAUGCUCCCAGCAUCCCCCGGGUGCCCCCCUGGCACCUCUGGGCGCCUGGCCCCAGCGUGGCAAUGCAUGUAAAUAUUUUUCGUAGGCAGUGUGGCUCCAGAGAGCCACCUGAAGACAGUGUCCCCUCCCCUCUGGUGAGCCCUUUCUCCUGUACAGAGCCCUCCCGGAUCCCGGCCUGCGGUGGGCGGGGGACUGUCCUUCCCACCCCAGGCCUUCCCUGCCCUGUCCCUCCCCGGUAACCUGUGAUUAACCCUACCCGUCCUGAGUCAUGGCCAAAACUUUCGAUAAGGAGAAUCAGAAGGAAGACUGUGGACGAGGAGACCGAGGCACUGCCCGUGGCGGGCGCGCGCCUGUCCAGCCUUGGGAAGGAACUGGUUUGUUUUUGUUUUCUCGUUUGAUUUUUCUUGGUUUAUUUUUUAACAUUUCCCGUGCUGUGCCCAUUUAUAAGAGGAAAUAAAAUUAAGCUGAAACGAU